AUGACCGCCGCACAUAACUACGGCUUCGCCAUGGAGAAGUAUAUGCUUCUCCAGGAGCAGCACCAGGAGCUCUGCAACCACCUCGACCAGAUCCGCCCUCAGCACGGCAGCCGCACCCGCUCCUCAACUCCCUCCUCCUCACCCACCCGAUCCUCCUCCUCCUCCAUCUCCUCUGUCCCGUCUUCACCGAAGCGCCACUCCCGAAGCAGCGAGCGACGACACCGAUCGCACGCCCGUUGCAGUGGCUGGGACGACGCCCACCGGGGCAACGAGCUGAGCACCAUUGUCGAUGAGGAGACCCUCUGCGAGAUCUCCGCCGAGGAGCAGCGCCUGUCCGAUGUCAACGAGAGCAUCAAGCGAGCUUUGACCGAGCUCCUCAACUGCAGCACCGUCCGCAGCGACCGCUCGUUCCGUCUCUGGGUGCAAACGCGCCUCAUGGAGACUGAGAAGGAGCUUCGGUCAGGACGCCGGAGACGAAGCACUGAGUGA